CAGGUUGACUCCUCCCUGCACUGUGAAAACCAUUAGGAAAAAAGUCCUUGGGGUUAAAACCUGGGGCUCCACAGUAUUACCUGCACUUGGGGCUAGAAAUUAAUUUAAAUGGCGACUGAUCUGUCUGAAGCUGAACCCGUGCAUCAUAAGGCGCUUCCACUCUUAACGGGAGCUCAGCUGAUCCACACGGACAAGUUAAGUGAGAAAGCUGAAGAGGACACGAUGCCGAUCCGUCGCUCGGUGAACUCGUCCUCCCGGGAAACCCCUCCCAAAAGCAAACCUGCUGAGGGGGAAGAGGUCAAAGCAGAUGCAGAAGUCACCUCUGAGGAAUCUGCCUCUGUUGGGGAAGAACAAGAGAGUGAAACUCUGCCUGCUGCAUCCACUGAACCAGAACAGCCAAAGGAGCCUGAGAAUGAAGGGAAGGAGGAAACAAAGUCCUCAGAAGAAACCAAAAAGGACGAGAAGGAUCAGUCCAAGGAAAAGGAGAAGAAGGUGAAAAAGACCAUUCCUGCAUGGGCCACUCUCUCUGCUAGCCAGCUAGCUAGAGCACAGAAGCAGACACAGAUGGCUGCCACCUCCCGUCCCAAAAUGGAUGCUAUCCUCACCGAGGCCAUCAGGGCCUGCUUUCAGAAGAGUGGUGCCUCGGUGGUGGCAAUACGGAAAUACAUCAUCCACAAGUACCCUUCCCUGGAGCUUGAGAGGAGAGGCUACCUUCUAAAGCAAGCCCUGAAAAGAGAGCUGGAGAGGGGAAUCAUUAGGCAGGUGAAAGGAAAGGGAGCUUCUGGGAGCUUUGUGGUGGUGUCUAACGCAGGAAAAACUGUUCCAAAAGCCAGAGACAGAAAGAAAAGCACUUCAGCUUUGACUGCAGAGCAACAAGUCAAACUGGAAGAUAUCCUGCCCCUGGCUUUCACCCGCCUUUGUGAGCCAAAGGAGGCCUCUUACAGCCUGAUCAAGAAAUACGUGUCUCAGUAUUACCCCAAACUCAAAGUUGACAUCAG